AUGGGUGAUUUCUUCAGCAACAGCCAUGGCGGCGAACUAAUGGAAGCACUUCAACCUUUGUACAAAAGUGCUUCUAUGUCUGCUUCAGACUUUACGUUUACGUCUUCAAAUGCUGCAUUUCUGUCUGCACCGAACGACAUCUUUUCUCCUUCUUACUAUAAUCCUCAGUCUCAAAGUGCCUCUUUUUUCCCACAACCCAACAAUUCCGAAUCCUACGCGGAUAUUUAUCUUGGAUCCAUGACCUAUCCAUCUUCAUUUGGGUCGGAUUUUCAACAACCAGAUCAAAAUUACAAAUCUUAGUUACAUUACCAAAAUGAUGUCACUUAUACUCACCAAGGAAACCAGUGUAUGCUCAAUCUCAUUGACCCGAAACUGGGUUUUCUAACCCAACUGAUACCAGUUUCGGGUCCUGGUUCGGCCCCAAAGCCAGCUAAACUCCAUCGUGGAGUGAGGCAAAGGCAUUGGGGUAAAUUGGUUGCUGAGAUCCGUUUACCCCCAAAUCAAACACGAAUUUGGCUUGGAACAUUUGACACAGCCGAGGAAGCCGCAUUGGCUUACGAUCGCGCUGCGUUCAAGUUACGCGGUGACUCAGCUUGGCCCAAAUUUCCUGCCCUACAAUACCAAACCGGCUCAUCUCCGUCUGAUUCCAGCAAAUACUACGGAUCUAUUCAAGCAGUGGUUGACGUCAAGCUCGACGCCAUAUUAGCUGAGCCGAAGAAUCAGCCGGGAAUAACAGAGAGGACAUCGAGGAAAUGAGCUAAAGCCCCAGUUUCCUCAGUUGAGCAGGCGGCGCCACAACAACAUUCUGGUCUCGAGAGUGACAGGUCGGGUUCUCCAGGGUUGGAUAUGAUGGCGUCAGAGAUGUGUGUAGAGACGCCUAUGCCUUGGAAUGAUAACUUUAUGCUUGGGAAGUGUCUCUCUUAUGAGAUCGACUAGGCUUCAAUUUUAUCAAAAAAAAUAGGAUUCAAUAAAUUUUAG